AUGUCAUUGUAUAUUCAAGCGUAUACGGAUUGCGCAUUAAAACAUCGUAUGGACUUCAAAAUUGAGUGCAUAUCCUCUGUAUGUAACUUCCUUUUAGUGGGAACUUCUGACGGCAAAUUGUUUAUCUAUGUGAUACAUGAAAAAAAGGGUGGGGAAUGGGAUGCACAGAUUAUUAGCACACAUACCAACAAGCACAAAAAGCCUAUUCGCGCAUUGACCCCAUUACUACAUGAUGGAGUGGUACUGGCUCUAUGUUGUUUAGACACGAUUGUAGUUUAUGCGCUGCCGUCUUCCACCGUUGAGCACCGAAUUAACCCCAUUGGCACCGACGACCUCACGCCGGAGCUGUCAUCAUUAAAGUUGUCGAAGGAAAUCGUGACGUUGAGUGUAAAGAAGUUUAAGGGAGUUUUCACUGUAGCUGUUUUACACCGUCAACAGUUGUCCUUAUACGAAUACCAUGGGAAAAGCAAAACCCUUUCUUUUUUGAAGGAGGGACUGAGCUUUACAGAUAAGGCCCAAUCAGUUGUGUGGGCAGGCAAGCACACCCUGUUGGUAGGUUUCCGAAAGAAAUACCAAAUGUACAACAUAGCAAUGGAUAGUAUUGUGGAUCACCUGUACGCCACUAGCAAGGGUCAAACACCUUUUCUUCUAUCCAUGCACCCAGUACCGGAAGUUUUAGCAACCAUAGAAAAUACGCGGCUUCAGCGCACCUUGCCGGACGGCAGCCCAGUGCCAGGUGACUCUUCGAUUUUCUGUGGUUCAUUACCUACAGCUGUAGUGUAUGAUCACCCAUACGUGUUGUGUGCGUACCAGGGCAGCGAUCCGCGGCUGGAGGUGUAUCUACCAUUGGUCUCCAACCUCCCACCAUCACAGCGUCCACCGACAGCAUCCUUUCAGGUUAUCCCAGUCACAUGUAUCCAUAUGUUUCAACGACACGUGGUGGAUCUCGACCAGCACUUGCCGAUGACAGGGUUUAACCUUCCCGAAGAGGAACCACGAGAAACCCGGGACUGCAUCUGGUUCCUGGACUCCAGCAAACACAUUCAUAUCCUUCUGCGGCAGCCGAUGAGUUGUGGAGUCGCGGCAUGCUGCAACAACAACUUUCUUUCGGUUGGUACAAUCCUUUGCCAGCUUUGCCAUAACGAGGUCGACGCCCAACUCCGACAGAGGGCCCUGAUGCAGCAUGCCGUGCAUGAGUUUCUAUGCGGUAACUACACCGAAGCACUCCAGACCAUGACGCAGUCCACGACAGAGCUUCAUUAUGCGAUGUUACUGUACCCAGACUUACUGCCCUCACCACUGCGAAUGCACUUUCUUCAAGUCAUCAACAGCGAUGUGCGUCUGGAGUUAGAAGGUGAGCUCGAGUCGAAUCUGCGUAAGGGGAGCACUACCGAAGCGCUUCGGUGUUUGAUAGGUUUCUUGGCACCACUGAGACUGCAGUGGGUGCGGAAGGCUCGUUCCUCUACAUCCAGCGCAAAUACAAAGAUCAAACCCGCUGAUAUUACCAAAGGUCUAGACACGUGUCUUCUGAAAGCCUACACACUCUUAGGGAUGGAGGAAGCAUUGAUAGAUAUGUUACAGCAACCCAACUAUUGCGAUUUAGAGGAUGGCGAACCCUUUCUCACAGCUCGACGCAUGUGGGUAGCCCAGGCGGUGUGGUGGAAGGGGCUGGGCGAGCAUGCUAAAGCCCUCAGGUGGUUACAGGGACUUUGUAUAGACCACUCUCUCCCUGCUAUCGGCCUUCUUCAGCCUCUGUCUUGGGAUGUUUUCUCGGCCUUGAGAUACAUCUGCAUCGAAGAUGAGGUUCUUCCGACCGAGGAAUUUCAGCCGGCAUGUGUCUUAGCCAAGCAACUAGGGCGUGCCCCUGGAGCUGAGACGAAGGUGGUUGACAAGGCUGUAGCUGUCAUUACGCUAGCCAAGUAUAUUAGUAAAUUAUCGUUGAACCAGCUUGACGGGCAAUCAGACCUGAUCCGGACAUAUGCCCCGUGGCUACUACGUAAUAUUCCGACAGCACUUUCUCUGAGUGUAUUUUUAUCAAACUCCAAUAGAUCGAUUUAUCACGAAACACUUCGAAUUAUUCAAUCGAAGGAAACUCUCAACUGUCCUGGGAUUAUUCACCCAGUACUUCCAACGGUCGAUUUUCUGUACGUUUUGAUCAGUGAUGCAUCUUUUCCUACUAGCAGCGAUGUUGCCGAGCUUCACACAACUUAUUGGCAAAGUUUGGCCUUGUUGGUGUUUGGUGGGGCUGUUGAGACGGACACCAUGUCUACUGCGGCACGACGUGAGCGCCUGGACUCAUUUCUGCAACAUUCCUCAUUUGUAGAUUUUUCGGCAGCCCUUGAAUUUUUUGAGAACCCGGAAAUCAAAAUGAGCAGCCGCCCUGAGCGGGCGGUUGUGUAUUCUCGUAUGAAUGAUUACGAGCGUGCUAUGGACAUGUAUUUAAAUGAGGGCGCGGGAUCCCUUGAUGAAGCUAAAGCGUAUGCCGCAUUUGUAGAGCCCGAGGCCCGUGGUGACGUGUUUGAGGUCUUGUUAAAAAGGCUAAUACAACCCACUGAGGGACCUUCACGCAUGGAUGAGGUACUGCGUCUCUUACAGACUAGUAGGGGUGUGAAUCCUCUCUCUACGCUGCCGAUGCUGCCAGAUAGCAUGGCCCUUGCUGAGUUGGGACCUUUUUUGAUCCAGGCAUUAAACAGUUCAGCCGCGGAGGAGCACCAAGAGGAAAUUCAUCUGGCGAUGCUAACCUCACAGAAGGUAAAGCUGCAGCAGGUGCUUCUGGAAGAGCAGUCCAAAUUUGUUAGGCUAGUCGAAGGGACUCUUUGUGGGGUGUGCCAUAAAAGAAUACGCGCUGAACAGCCGUUUGUGUGUUACCCUAAUCGUGUUAUUGCUCAUGAAGGCUGCAUCGAUGACGAGUACGUGUGCCCUGUAACGCAUGUCGAUUUUCGAAAAGACAUUCUUUCCUUGAUGCAUAGCAUUUAG